ACCCCGCCCCCUGCCCCCGCCCCUGCCCCGGGCGGUGCCGCCGCCGCCGCUCCCGGAAGCCCCGGGCGGGAACGGGACCGGGACCGGAGCGGGGCCGGGCAGCGGCUGCGGCCAUGGCGGACGCCCCGGGGGGCAGCGAGCGCGUGCGGGACCUGCAGCGGGAGGUGGAGGGCGUGAAGAGCAUCAUGAGCCAGAACGUGGAGCGCAUCCUGGCGCGGGGCGAGAACCUCGAUCACCUCCGCAACAAGACCGAGGACCUGGAGGCCACGUCGGAGCACUUCAAGACGACGUCGCAGAAGAUGGCGCGCAAGUACUGGUGGAAGAACACGAAGCUGCUCCUCAUCCUCGGGCUGCUGGGCGCCGUCAUCCUCAUCCUCAUCAUCCUCCUGGCCUCGGGCGUCAUCCCCACAUAGGGCCCCCCCCACUCCCCUGCCUGGGGGCCCCCCCCAGAUGCAGCGGCCCCAUAAACGUGGUGCUGCGGA